GGCCAAACCCCCUCACCUUUGGCUAAAAGCUGACCCCUCCCUCUCUCUUGUCCAAGUUCGGCGAAGAUUAGAUUAAACUAAAGUGAACGAUUCAUCCGCCCGGACUUCCGCUAUCCUCCGGUUCCGAUUUCCCUUUAGUCGAACCAUUUGCUGACGUCUUUCUGCCCUUCGGCACUAAAAAGUAUUCGAUCUAAUUCCACUGAAAAGGCCGGCUAGCCGCUCUUAUGCGCUGACAGGUUCAAACCUGUCUUUCUUCGCCUGGUUGCUUCUCCCCGACAAGGCAAGAUGUUAGCCGCCGCCGGCGAUGGCUCCUGCGCCGGCCGAUCACCAGCGCACAUGGCAACCACAACGGUUAAUGUGGAGGGAAUGACAUGCGGUGCGUGCACGUCCGCCGUAGAGAGUGCUUUCAAAGGCCUGGAUGGGGUUGGCGAAGUGUCGGUGAGCUUGAUGAUGGGCAGGGCCGUUGUGCAUCACGAUCCAAAAGUGCUACCGCCCAAUAAAGUCGCGGAAAUAAUCGAGGGUUGCGGCUUUGAUGCGACGGUAAUAUCUACUGAUAGUCCAGCGGAACAGCCGAGCGAAGUAAAUAUGGCCAAAGAAAAGGGGUCCAUAGUGUCGACCACCUUAGCGAUUGAAGGUAUGACGUGUGGCGCCUGCACCUCAGCGGUCGAGGGAGGUUUGAAAGAGACGUCCGGCGUGAAGUCGGUCAAUAUCUCGUUGCUCUCGGAGCGCGCCGUUGUAGAACACGAUGCGUCUACUAUUACGCCCGAUGAACUUGUGCAAAUAAUCGAAGACCGCGGCUUUGGCGCUAAAGUGCUGGGCACUAUGACGCCUCAGAGCAGCGCUUCACAGGAGCCCCCUGAAACUACAUCGUGGCUGAUGGUCACUACUGUUUCUAUAGAUGGUAUGACAUGCGGCGCAUGCACGUCCAGUAUAGAAAACGUUUUUACUGGUGUGGACGGCGUGGUCCAAUUUAGCAUAAGCUUGCUUGCUGAGCGUGCUAUUAUCACGCAUGAUCCUGUGACUCUGCCGUCUAAGAGGAUCGCCGAUAUGAUUGACGAUGCUGGUUUUGAAGCAACCAUUUUAUCCUCGGAACCCCAAGCACCUAUCUCGAAGACUGAAGGUCGGAUCAUUUUGAGCCUCCACGGCUUGCGAGACGCAACCUCGGCGGGCGCGCUAGAAGAACUUCUUCUUCAGAGGCCGGGUAUUUCGUCAGCGUCUGUGGAUAUGGCUACCUCGCGUAUAACAGUUUCCUACGACAGUUCAGCGAUCGGGGUUCGCUCGAUCGUGGUAGCUAUUGAAUCUGCCGGAUACAACGCCUUACUCGCGGAUACCGAUGAUACCAACGCCCAGCUGGAGUCUCUGUCUAAAACAAAGGAGAUCCAAGAAUGGAAGCGCUCCUUCCUACUCUCUGUAUCAUUCGCCAUCCCCGUGUUUGUCAUUAAUAUGUUACUUCCCAUGUACCUUCCUGCACUUGACUUCGGCAAAACACAGUUAUGUCCUGGUCUUUACCUUGGAGAUAUUGCUUGUCUUUUCCUUACUAUCCCAAUACAAUUUGGCGUGGGAAAGCGGUUUUAUAUCUCCAGCUUCAAGUCCCUGAAACAUCGCUCACCGACUAUGGAUGUCCUCGUCAUGAUGGGUACAUCCGCCGCUUUCUUCUACAGCGUAUUCACCAUGGUAGUGGCCUUGGUUAUUUCGCCUCAUAAACGGCCCAGCACCGUCUUUGAUACGAGUACUAUGCUCAUCACGUUCAUCACACUUGGUCGGUGGCUGGAGAACAGAGCCAAGGGGCAAACAUCAGCCGCGCUCUCCCGGCUCAUGUCGUUAGCCCCGUCGAUGACCACCAUUUAUGAUGACCCAAUCGCGGCGGAGAAGAUGGCGGAAGAGUGGGAAGCUUCUAAGACCGACAAGGGCGAGCAGAGAUCCACAUCAGAUAAUGAACGGCCCGGACCAGGACACCAGAUUAUCCCAACAGAACUAAUUGAGGUUGGUGACGUUGUCGUUCUUCGUCCUGGCGAUAAAGUGUCGGCGGACGGUAUUGUUAUCCGAGGUGAAAGCUAUGUUGAUGAAAGCAUGAUCACUGGUGAGGCUCUGCCAAUUCACAAGGGCAAGGGUAGUGUUGUGAUCGCUGGAACAGUGAACGGCACGAGUUCUAUCGACUUUAAGGUCACACGGGCUGGCAAAGAUACGCAAUUGAGUCAGAUCGUCAAGCUUGUCCAGGAUGCGCAAACAAGCCGCGCUCCUAUACAGCGUAUGGCCGAUACUGUUGCUGGAUACUUUGUCCCGGGCAUUAUCAGUCUUGGAUUGGUUACGUUCUUUGGGUGGAUGACCAUGAGCCACUUGUUACCAAACCCUCCUAAGAUUUUCCUAGCGGAUGAUCAGGGCGGAAAGGUAAUGGUUUGCCUGAAGCUCUGUAUUUCGGUCAUUGUCUUUGCCUGCCCCUGCGCCCUGGGUCUUAGCACUCCGACGGCAGUCAUGGUCGGUACCGGAGUGGGUGCCCAGCAAGGUAUUCUCGUGAAGGGUGGUGCUAUCCUCGAAGCCGCCACAAAGAUCACCCAUGUGAUUUUUGACAAGACUGGAACCCUGACCACCGGCAAAAUGAGCGUGGCAGAGGCUCAGAUUGAAAGUCAUUGGACUUCAAAUGAUUGGCGCCGACAGCUCUGGUGGCUGAUUGUUGGUCUCGCGGAAAUGAAUAGCGAACAUCCUAUUGGCAAGGCAAUCUUCUCAGCAGCUAAGGCAGAGUCAGGUCAUCCUGGUGAAGGCGGACUGCCCGGUAGCUUGGGUGAUUUUGAUGCUUGCGUUGGAAAAGGCAUCUCUGCGUUGGUUGAACCUGCCUCCAGCGGCGAGCGUGUACGCUACCGGGUCUUCAUUGGAAAUGCCACGUUUUUGAGAUCCAGAAAUGUCUCGAUACCCGAAUCUGCCGAAGCUGCAGACUCGGAUAUGGGGACGUCAAAGGUGCUUGCUGGUAUUACGCGGAUUCAUGUGGCAAUCGACAACCAGUACACAGGCACACUCCUACUUCGAGAUACCGUCAAGGUAACCGCAGUUGCAGCAGUUGCGGCUUUGCACCGCAUGGGUAUCUCGACCUCGCUCAUCACGGGUGAUACGCGCGCUACCGCUCUAUCCAUCGCAAACGCCGUCGGAAUCCUGCCCGAAGCCGUUCACGCAUCUGCCUCUCCCUCUGACAAGCAAUCUAUAAUCUCAUCGCUGGAGGCAUCGGGCGAACGAGUUGCUAUGGUUGGAGAUGGAAUCAACGAUUCUCCAGCCUUGGCCACAGCUUCCAUCGGUAUCGCGCUUGCCUCUGGUACAGACGUCGCCAUGGAGGCAGCUGACAUUGUCCUGAUGCGUCCCGACGACCUACUAUCUGUACCCGCAAGUCUGUCACUUUCUCGGGCAGUCUUCAACCGCAUCAGACUGAAUCUCGUGUGGGCCUGCCUAUACAACGUCAUUGGUCUGCCUUUCGCCAUGGGCCUAUUCCUACCCUUUGGCGGAUUCAUGCUACCGCCCAUGGCAGCAGGUGCCGCAAUGGCGUUGUCAAGCGUCUCCGUUGUGGUGAGCAGUCUCCUACUCAAGUUCUGGCGCCGACCACGGUGGAUGGAUGCCGAGAAGCUCGAGAAGCAGGUCGAAAUGGGCAACCUUAGCUUCCGCGGUUCUCGCAAGAGCUGGUGGGAGGCUGCUCUCUCCGUUAGUGGAUCUAGUGGCCGCGGUGGACCAUUGCGAUGGAUCAAAAGAACAAGAGCUUGGUCCUUUGUUACGGGUAAACCGCCAGGUCGUUUGGACUCAGAUGAAGGUUACGUACCGCUGCAGACCGUUGAACCCGUUGUUUAAGCGUAAUAUAUUUGUUAUUUGUUGCGUUCCCGAUGAGGAGUUUAUACACUACGUUUUGCAUGAUUAGAAGCAUGCUUUUUUUUGCUCAGGCUAUCUGACGACCUGUUUGAGAAUUGUCUCGUCGAUUCAGUUUGCUUUAUUGAUACGAUACCUCUUGGUUCUUUUUAUAGCGUUUCGGGAAAUGAUAUUCACUUCCAUGCAUUGGAUGCUGUUCGUUAUCGCCGGAAUAGGUCGUUCUUGCUCCUAGUAGGUAUGUAGG